CCUCGGCCGCAGUCGCUCCGUUACGUUCACAUCCGCUUGACUCGCCACCACUGUUGGAAAAAGGACUUUGUGGAAGUGCAGCGAUGUCAGUCCAGGUUGUGGCAGUGAAAAUGGCAGAGGUCGAACUCAAAGACGUCCCCAGCGGCAAAGGGCUGGCGGCCGAGUCUCCUGUGACACCCACGUCGGAGGGCAAGAGCCUCGGCCGGGGCGACCUCCACGAGGCCGGCUCCUCCGCAGCCGCGUCCCCGACAGCGGAGCCCUCCGCGAAAGCCGGGGACAGCAGCCCGGGCUUGCUCACCCCGAACCCCGCGAAGAUGCCGCAGGCGUCGGCUAUGAAGCGCACGGACCCGCAGCAGAACGGCGGGGAGGCUUUUGUCAACCGUGACGGGACCGUCGCCGAGGCUCCGCGGAUGAAAAAGAUCCAGUUUGCCGACCAGAAACAGGAGUUCAACAAGCGCCCGUCCAAGAUCGGCCGGCGCUCCCUGUCCCGGUCCAUCUCCCAGUCCUCCACAGACAGCUACAGCUCAGCGGCAUCAUACACAGACAGCUCCGAUGAUGAGACGUCUCCUCGGGACAAACAGCAGAAGAACUCCAAGGGCAAUGGGGACUUCUGCAUCAAAAACAUCAAACAGGCCGACUUCGGACGCAGAGAGAUCGAGAUCGCUGAGCAAGAGAUGCCAGCACUCAUGGCUCUGAGGAAGCGAGCCCAGGGGGAGAAACCCCUCGCCGGUGCCAAGGUGGUGGGCUGCACCCAUAUCACUGCCCAGACUGCUGUGCUGAUGGAGACUCUGUCAGCUCUGGGCGCUCAGUGCAGAUGGGCAGCCUGCAACAUCUACUCCACCCAGAACGAAGUAGCAGCUGCCCUGGCAGAGGGAGGUUUCAGUGUAUUUGCAUGGAAGGGUGAGUCAGAGGAUGACUUCUGGUGGUGCAUCGAUCGCUGUGUCAACGUGGAAGGCUGGCAACCCAACAUGAUCCUGGAUGAUGGCGGAGACCUGACUCACUGGAUUUAUAAAAAAUACCCAAACAUGUUCAAGAAGAUCAAGGGCAUCGUAGAGGAGAGCGUCACCGGUGUGCACAGGUUGUAUCAGCUGUCCAAGGCAGGGAAGCUGUGUGUCCCAGCCAUGAACGUCAACGACUCUGUGACCAAGCAGAAGUUCGACAACCUCUACUGCUGCAGAGAGUCCAUCUUAGACGGCCUGAAGAGAACCACUGAUGUCAUGUUCGGGGGAAAACAGGUGGUGGUGUGUGGAUACGGAGAGGUUGGCAAAGGCUGCUGUGCUGCCCUCAAAGCGAUGGGCUCCAUCGUCUACGUCACAGAGAUCGACCCCAUCUGUGCCUUGCAGGCCUGCAUGGACGGAUUCAGGAUGGUGAAGCUGAACGAAGUAAUCAGACAAGUGGACAUCGUGAUCACCUGCACAGGCAAUAAGAACGUGGUGGUGAGAGAGUACCUGGACCGCAUGAAGAACGGCUGCAUUGUCUGCAACAUGGGACACUCCAACACUGAGAUCGAUGUGACGAGCCUGCGGACUCCGGAGCUGACCUGGGAGAGGGUGCGCUCUCAGGUGGACCAUGUCAUCUGGCCCGAUGGCAAGAGGAUAGUGCUGCUGGCUGAGGGUCGACUGCUGAACCUCAGCUGUUCCACUGUGCCCACUUUUGUGCUUUCCAUCACUGCCACGACACAGGCUCUGGCUCUGAUAGAGUUGUACAAUGCCCCAGAGGGACGCUACAAGCAGGAUGUUUAUCUGCUGCCCAAGAAGAUGGAUGAGUAUGUGGCCAGCCUACAUCUGCCUACGUUCGACGCACAUCUCACAGAGCUGUCAGACGAGCAGGCCAAGUAUCUGGGCUUGAACAAGAACGGACCCUUUAAGCCAAACUACUAUAGGUAUUAAACCAGUGUGGGAGUCGGACUGUGGAAAUACCAAUUCUCCAUGAAUCGUACAGACUUGCAGAGGAGGAGGAGGACGGAGAGGAGGACAGAAUAGUCAACACACUUGCUUUAUAUUCGUGGGGAGGAAGGGGGGGGAGCUCCGACCGAGCCUGAAGAAGAAGGGGGUUGGCGGAGAGGAGUGGAUUUCCACGUGCUUAUGGCGGCCGUUUUAUUUAUUCACGCUUGACGACAAUAAUAAUAACAUUAACUCUUAACUCUGCGGAGCUGCUCCUGCCAUUCGCCACUAGCUAGCUCCCCCGGCGUCGUUUUCUUCUGGGAGAUGUUUUACUUCCCUUCCGCUCGGCGUCACACCGCCACUAUCUCGUUCUCUUUAGACGCUCAUUUGUGUGUCGAGUUGUACGUAAACCCCUUCAUCCUCCCCUCCCCAUUGCCAGAUCUUUUAUUGUUUAACUAUUAAAGAUGAAAUUAUUGAUGCUAAAAAAGAUAUAUACUAUAUAAAAAAAAACUUGAUUAAAAAAAAUCUGUGUGAAUGAAGGUGACCUUUUGAAGAUUUAGUGACGGACACUUUUUCCUGUCCUUUUUUUUUUUCUCGUCUUUCUUUUCUACUUGUAAUUAUGUUUUUGUUUUUUCUUUUGUGUAAUAUUUGCGAGGGCGGGGUUUAGGUGGGAUCUCGGGGUCCAAUCAUAUCAUGUCUUUUAUUUCAUCAUUUCAUUGAGAUUCACUGUCGUAUCUGUUUUUAAACACUUUUUAUUAUGCGGUUUUGUUCUUUCCGAGCAGCCUGUAGUAAUUGUUUAUUGCUUCUUUUUUUUUUUUUUGUAUGACCAGUGAAACCAUCUCAUUAGCUGCUUCUCUCUCGGCCUCCAGCUGCUCACACUCCACCAGUGUUGAAGUCAUGAGAAAGUAUUUCAAGCUUAGUGAGCGCUGAACCUUUUUUCAGUUUCUUUUCCUUUACAAAGAGACGAUACUGUAAUCGAAGCAUGACAGGUUGUCAGAUCAUUACAAGGGUUAUACUGUAUAUUUAGAUAUUUAUAUGGAAAACUUACGAUUUUUCUAUCUUUCUCUCUCCUGCGCCAUCUAAUAUCAUAACUUUUGGUAAAGAAAUCAACAUGCGUCAUAAAGAUAAAGCAAUUAAAUGUUCUGAUGAUAAAUGUGAUAAAUGUACUUAAAACCUGGAUUUUUAAAACUGUGACAAAACACAAACCAAAUGUGGAGCAAGCUGUUGCCAGUCCGGUACUAACGCAGAUUUCCUCAAUCAGGUCGUCUUUAAUGUAUGGUGCUGUGUAGAUGUACUGCACUGACCAUACGCAACACUACUCUUUGGUACUCGCAGAUACAGUGAAUCGGUUCAUCUUUAAAAAUCUGAAUUCCACCAGGAUUUAUUUCCAUCCAAGAAACACAACAAGCUUCUCUGCAAAUUCAUGUGCAUUUGCCUGUAAAGGGAUUUUUCAAAAUGUAUAUUUUUUUUUUUUUAAGAUCUCAAAAAUAUAUUUGAGUUUCUUCUUCUUCCUCACACCUGCAAGGCUUAGAUCCUUCUUCUAUAAUGAGCUGCACAGUCGUCAUCCUCCGACGGCUCUUUCCCUGUUGACCUGAUAAAGGAAAUUAGAAAAUCCUGACGGUCAUUUCACCUGACAGCCGAGUGAAGCCUGCUGCCACCGGCUCUUAACUGCACCUGAACCGUUCUGUGCCGGCCUGCUGGGAGACGCCCGCCGGCUCUGCUCCUGCAGAAAGGCUUCAAAUUGUUUAAGCACACCAGUUUGUCGGCUGUAAUGUUAUGGUGUGUGGAAGUAAAUUUGAUUUUGUCUUGAACAGGUGAAAAUGGCACAAAAAGCUUUACCAGUAAAAUAAAAACUUUGACUGGAAUGAAGUACAAAUAUUUCAACACAAUUUAUGCAAUCUUUUUUCUUUUGUGACAUGAGUAAUAUCAUUUUACAGGAAUAGUUUGACAUUUAAGGAAAUCUACUCAUUUGCUUUCUUGUCGAGAAGCUCGAUACCACACGUGUCUGUAUUCUGAAUUUGCAGCACUAGCUAGUUAGCUUGUUUAGCAUAAGGACUGGAAAUAGAGGGCAGCAGCUAGCAAAUGGUGACAACAAAUGUCCACCAGCACCUCUAUAGCUAAUAAGUUUACUAAUUUUAAUAAUAGAUUGUUUGCUCAAAUUGUACAGAAACAGAAAAUGUCCGAAUGACCGUUAGCUGUUUUUACAGAAGGCUGAACAAGCUGUGACAUAACUGUGGGAUAACUGAUAUUUUUACACUUUGCAUUAGUAAAACAUUCAGAAUUUAUUAGAUGUAGUGAUCUGAACAGAUUCUGGUGUCAAGCAGUAUCAGUUUCCCCCUCGCUUCCACUUUUAUGCUUAACUCCUAAAAUAUCAAACUAUUCCUUUAAAUUCAAAGCUGUGUAGACAGACCUGCUCCUCAGAUAAACCUGCUGCACACCCACAUGACGAUUCCUGAUGCUGUGUCACAGCCCAUGUGACCUCAACACUACUCUGCCGAUGUUUGUGCACUUCUGUCACCUUGUGCUGUUGAGACUCCCCCCUCUUAUCAAAGCGUGACCUGUCGUCCGUGUAGUUCUUAAGUCUUAUUUUUCCGCUUUUUGCAUUGAGUGUGUUAAAGAGUAAAUGUACCUCUUGAAAGCUGAGGUGUGUAUGUGAGUGUGUAUAAAUGUCUGUGUGUGUGUACACGUCCUCUCUUGUAGGCCUUGGUUGCUUCGUUAACAGCUGCCUCAGGAUCCUAGCCUGUGUGUCAGGGGGAGAAACCAUUUAUUUUAUAAAGUUUUUAUUUGUUUUUGUCAGUUGUAAGCUGACCAAAACGUGGGCGGGCGGGGGACGACACCAGCAUCAUAUGUGUAUAUAUACCUAUUAUAUACAUGUAUGACAACCUUUAAAAGUAUAGGAAGGAAAAAGAAGAAUCGACUCCUGUAUUUAUUGUUGUAAAUCCUCAUGCAGUGCAAACUGGCAAAAAUCCCAAACAUGUUUUAAGUUGUCUAAUAAAGAAAAAAAGAACCCUAUGUUUAAAUAUUGCAAGUGAUAAUGGUAGAUGAUGAGCAAUAAUUACAAAAUUCUGUAAUCUUAAUGAAUAAAGAUGUAAAAAAUUGUAA